AUGGCGGCGGGCGGCGGCGGCGGCACCGGGGGGACGCCGCUCCGGCCGGGCCCCUCGGCGCUCGCUCCGCCGCCGCUGCCGCCGGCGCUUGUCCCGCCGCUGCUCGCGCUGCUGCUGCUGCUGCCGCCGCCGCCCGGCAGCGCCGCCGCGCCCUCCGCCGACACCGUGGUGCUGGGGCUGCGCUUGGAGGAGAGCAGCAAGCCGGCGGCGCCGCCGGCCGCCGCGGAGGAGCCGCGCGGGCCCAUCCGCCUCACGGAGGGCAGCGAGGCCCUGCUCCGCCUCUACGGGCUGGGGCUGGGCCCCGGCGCGGCGCAGCGCGUGGCCUUCGCCGAGCUGCGGCCGCACGGCAACGCCUCGAGCGGCAACGCCACGUGCCGGGAGCGCUCGCAGGACCUGCUGGUGCGGCCCGGGCCCGCCGAGCCCCGCGACACCUCGGCGCUGCUCCGCCUGCGGGUGCAGCCGCUCCGCAAGCACGAGCGAGCCAAGACCUACGUGCUGUGCUCGCAGCGCCGGCCCGGCCAGCCCUGGCUGCCGCACCAAGGCGCGGACGGGCACGUCGUGGUGCUGGAGGAGAAGAAAUCGCUGCUGCCGCUGUGGCUGCAGGUGAUCCUGAUCGCCGCGCUGCUGGUGCUGUCGGGGAUGUUCAGCGGGCUCAACCUGGGCCUGAUGGCGCUGGACCCCAUGGAGCUGAGGAUCGUGCAGAACUGCGGCACCGAGAAGGAGAAGCGCUACGCCCGCCGCAUCGAGCCCAUCCGCAGGAAAGGGAAUUACCUGCUCUGCUCCUUGCUCCUGGGUAACGUGCUGGUCAACACCACGCUGACCAUCCUGCUGGACGACCUGAUCGGCUCCGGCCUCGGCGCCGUGGUGGCCUCCACCAUCGGCAUCGUCAUCUUCGGCGAGAUCGUGCCGCAGGCGCUGUGCUCGCGGCACGGGCUGGCCGUGGGCGCCAACACCAUCGUGGUCACCAAGUUCUUCAUGCUGGUGACCUUCCCGCUGUCCUACCCCAUCAGCAAGCUGCUGGACUGCGUGCUGGGCCAGGAGAUCGGCACCGUCUACAAUCGGGAGAAGCUGGUGGAGAUGCUGAAGGUGACGGAGCCCUACAACGACCUGGUGAGGGAGGAGCUCAACAUGAUCCAGGGAGCGCUGGAGCUGCGCACCAAGACGGUGGAGGACGUGAUGACGCCGCUGCAGAACUGCUUCAUGAUCAACAGCGACGCCAUCCUGGACUUCAACACCAUGUCGGAGAUCAUGGAGAGCGGCUACACGCGCAUCCCGGUCUACGAGGACGAGAGGUCCAACAUCAUGGACAUCCUCUACGUCAAGGACCUGGCCUUCGUGGACCCCGACGACUGCACGCCCCUCAAGACCAUCACCAAGUUCUACAACCACCCCGUGCACGUGGUGUUCCACGACACCAAGCUGGACGCCAUGCUGGAGGAGUUCAAAAAGGGUGAGGAGAGCGGCCGGGAGGAAAAUUCCGGGCGGGAUUUGCUCGGGUGGGGAAUUCCGGCCGUGCCGUGCGGCGCCCCACGGCUCCGGCGCUCCCCGCAGAUCUCGCGGCAGGAGUACCAGAACGGGCUGCUGGCGUCGCGCAUGGACAGCUGCCCGCAGUCGCCCGACGCCGCCCCGGCCGAGCGGCCGGAGCCGGCGGAGCCGGCGGCGCCGGCGGACGAGACCACGAGCCUGCUCCACGAGAGGAACUGCCUGAGCCGCCGCGCCAACCACGGCGGCGCCGAGAGCUCCGGCUGA